AAAUCGUAAAUUCGUCAAGCAAAGGCCUCAUUAUAGAGUAGAUGCUUCCAACCGAACUAAACUGCUUGUUUCUUGCGAAACAGUAAAAGAGAGAGCAAGGAUGAUGGAGAAGCCCAGGUUGUCAAUUGCAGUAUUGACUUUGCUUUAUUUGCUGGCGCAAGUCAUCGCGAUCGAGAAACCCCAAUACGAAAUAGUACAUGCAGAAUCAGAUUUUGAGGUCAGAUUAUACACUCAAUCCACAUGGAUGGCUGCCCCAGUAAGUGAAAUCUCUUUCGAAAAGGCUACCUUGGAUGGCUUUCACAGGUUGUUCCAGUUCAUCCAAGGUGCCAAUCUAAAUUGGACUAGGAUUCCAAUGACAGCUCCUGCUGUGACUAGUAUAGUCCCGGAAGCUGGGCCGUUUCAGUCAUCAGCCUACUCUGUUCUAUUUUACUUGCCCUUGAAAUUCCAAGCUGACCCGCCAGUCCCUAUUCCUGAACUGCAUCUGAAACCUUAUGUUUGGGACAGUCAUUGUGUUGCUGUGAGGAAAUUCUCAGGGUAUGCAAAAGAUGACAACAUUAUCAAAGAAGCUAAAAAACUUUCUGUCAGCUUGAGGAGGUCUCCGUGGACUAACGCAACUUCUGCAGAAAGUAAUUUUGCCUACUCCAUUGCUCAGUAUGAUUCUCCAUUCCAUUUCAUUGGGCGUGUUAAUGAAGUAUGGGCAGAUAUUAAUGCAACUGGCGGUUGUGAAUACAGUAAAAUAGCAGCUUACUGACAGAUUGUUAAGUCACUGUCUGUGACAGUUAUACGUGUGCCUGAAAAAACCAGUUAAAGACGUAUUGCAGUUAAUUAAAUUCCCUGUCUGUAUGUAUAUAUUGAAGUCUAUGCAGUUGUAAGACCAGAAACAUAAUACCCUGCUUUUCAAAAAAAAAAAUCCUAUGUGUUUCAGUCCAGCUCCUGUAUCUAUAAUAUAUAUUUUAGUCCUGGAAGUGAACUUUUUGUUGAUAGCACAACAGAAGAGCAAAGAGAAUCAGAAUUAUUGUUUGUA